GAUAACAGAACAUGGAAGUCUCCACUCGAGUUCCAAUCUCACACGCAUCUCACCGCGGCCGACACAAGCCGCGACCCCCUCCAUGGGGGAGUCCCUGUCAGAACUCACUUGCGGGAGAUUCUUGUGGCCUCCGGACCCAGGGCUAAGGCUCUGGAACGGUAGCUCUCACGCACCAUGACGGCCCCCCAAGCUGCCGGCAUACGAAUCAGAAUCAGGUCUGGUCUCGACCUUUUAGCGUUGGUGUCUCAUCAAACCCCAGGUUUCAACCUUCCCCCGGCAUCGUGGGCUGUGCGAUCCCAGCCACAGAGAGCCACGCGCGCCCAGAGCCAUAUGCCAAGCGAUAUCUCGGCGGCCCCCCUUGCAAGCGCAGGCUAUAAUGUGGGUCGUAUAUCGUUCGAGAGAUUACAGAUUGGUACGGAGUACAAGCCCAUACUGCUUCGCGGGCGUCUGUCCAACCACACCCAAAUCAACCCCUACCCCCUUCACCCCCUUGAAGACAGACAACAUCACGGCGGCGGUAAAGAUCUUUUCCUCUUCAGGGCUGGCAGUCCCAGAUGCCGGGAAAUACCCGACAUCGAGCUUAGCAAGAUGGGGAAUCUAGCUGGACCAGAAUGGCUGGCUGGCGGCCUAGCCCUCUCCCAAACCAGCAGGUCGGAAACAACCUUGUGGUUCUCUUGUUUCCUCCGGGGCGGUCUAGAGCAUGACAUGUCCCUCUCAUUGCCCGCCCGCGUGCCGCCCGCGCCUGCCCUCCCUGUCUGUCCAUAUCUCGAGGUUGAGAGAAGCGGUCCUGUCUCCAAGGUGAAAGACGAGGGGGGUCGGCCACAGGGGAUUCGAGACAAGGCGGCUUGCUGUCAUGGUCUUGAAACAAACAGACACCACAACGCCAGUGCUAGAUGGCCCAUCCGCCGCCCAGGCCGCCCUUACAAAUAUGUUACGUUAAAAGGUAACAAGGUGAGGCAGCCACUUUCCAGGUCUGGUAAGGAGGCCAUGUGUGGUCUUGGUUCCGUUUACAAAAGGUCUGAAGGGGGCGUUCUUUUGCUUCUGUGCAUGACGGACGCGCAGGCUCGGAUCGUUGGGGUUGUGUGAUUUGGGGGUGUGUGUGGUAUGUGCGGCGGCGUUGAGCGGCGGGAAACCACUUUUACCAUUCUUGGCAUUUUUAGGCGGGCGGCGGCCUGUUCUCUCGGGCUGCCGCUCGAAACAUUUCUCACUAAAAAGUUUUACGAACAUAACAAAUCUCACCCAAAAAAGAACCACACACACACACAUACACACGCACCGACACCGGCACACGCCGACACACGCCGACACACCCAGAGUGGAUGGAUGAAUUAAAAGAUGACUGAGUUGUUCGGUAUCACAAUAUGAAAUAAUAAUGUAAUCACUAAUAAUUAAGAGUAUCACAAGCAAAAAGAGUGAAAAAAGAUUGCCGCGCAGUAA